AUGGAGAGAACACACCUCUCUCCCUACACCAACCACCAAACAACAAGCAAAGAACAAAGCAUCCACACAUACACGGACUCUGGUGGUGGCGAGACUUGUCCAGACGAGGAUAAGUGGGCUUCCAGACUUCUACGACAGUGUGCUCUAGCCAUCUCUGAAAAGGACUCUGCGAAGAUCAACCACCUUCUAUGGAUGUUAAACGAGCUAUCAUCGCCCUAUGGCGACUGUGAUCAGAAACUCGCUUAUUACUUCUUGCAAGCUCUCUUUUGCAAAGCAACGGAGUCUGGGCAAAGAUGCUACAAGACCUUGGUGUCAGUUGCCGACAAGAGCCACUGUUUUGAUUCUGCCAGAAAACUCAUCCUUAAAUUCCAAGAGGUUUCCCCUUGGACUACGUUCGGCCAUGUUGCAUCUAAUGGUGCUAUUUUGGAGGCUUUUGACGGUGAGACCAAACUUCAUAUAAUUGAUAUAAGCAACACGCUUUGCACCCAAUGGCCUACUUUGCUUGAAGCUUUAGCCACUCGGAGCGAUGAAACUCCUAGCCUAAAGCUGACUGUGGUUGUGACAGCCAGCCUCGUGAGUUCAGUAAUGAAAGAGAUCACUCAAAGAAUGGAGAAAUUUGCUCGCUUGAUGGGUGUUCCUUUCGAGAUUAAGGUAAUCAAUGGAUCAAAUAUGCCAUUAGGGGAUCUUACCAAGGAAGAGUUAGGUGUCAAGGAAGACGAAGCUGUAGCAGUGAAUUGUAUAGGGGCUUUAAAAAGAGUUGAGGUAGAAGAAAGAGGUGACGUGAUUCGGCUAUUCAGCUCUUUAAAGCCUCGUGUGGUGACCAUAGUAGAAGAAGAAGCCGAUUUUACUAGUUCUAGAAGCGACUUUGUGAAGUGCUUUGAAGACUGUUUGAGGUACUACACUUUGUACUUUGAGAUGUUGGAAGAUAGCUUUACUCCCACGAGCAAUGAGAGGUUGAUGUUAGAGAGAGAGUGCUCGAGAAGCAUCAUUAGGGUUUUGUCUUGUGAUGACAAACAGAAUAUUGGCUCAGGAGAUUGCGAGAGGAGGGAGAAAGGAAACCAAUGGUGUGAGAGGCUGAAGGAGGUUUUUUCCAUUGUAGGGUUUAGUGAUGACGUGGUGGACGAUGUAAAGGCGUUGCUUAGAAGGUAUCGAACUGGAUGGUCUCUUGUACACGAUCAAACCAAUCCCAAUACAGACUCUGGCGUCUAUUUGGCUUGGAAAGAUGAAUCAGUUGUCUGGGCUUCAGCUUGGAAACCCUAA